AUGGCCGAACCACCCAUCGUCCUCGAUGGGGGUACCGGUUUCCUCAAGGUCGGCUAUGCAGCUCAAAACUUCCCCGAACACCAGUUCCCCUCCAUCGUCGGGCGCCCGAUUUUGCGGUCAGAAGAGCGGGCGGGAGAUAUCGUGGUCAAGGACAUUAUGUGUGGAGAUGAGGCUGCCGCUGCCAGAUCGAUGCUGCAAAUAAGCUAUCCUAUGGAGAACGGCAUCGUCAAGAAAUGGGACGAUAUGCAACACCUGUGGGACUUUACAUUCUUCGAGAAAUUAAAGAUAGACCCCAGGGGCCGUAAGAUCCUGUUGACGGAACCCCCGAUGAACCCGCUCAAGAACAGGGAGCAGAUGUGUGAGGUCAUGUUCGAGCGUUACGGCUUCGGCGGGGUGUAUGUCGCCAUCCAGGCGGUGUUGGCGCUCUACGCACAAGGCCUCUCCUCGGGCGUGGUCGUCGAUUCCGGCGACGGCGUCACGCACAUCGUCCCCGUCUACGAAUCCACCGUCCUCAACCAUCUGACCCGCCGGCUGGACGUCGCAGGCCGCGAUGUGACCCGGAACCUCAUUGCCCUCCUCCUGCGACGAGGCUACGCACUCAACCGUACCGCCGACUUUGAAACCGUGCGUCAAAUCAAGGAGAAACUAUGCUACGUCUCAUACGACUUGACCCUCGACCAACGUCUAUCGGAAGAAACCACCGUCUUGGUCGAGUCGUACACGCUCCCGGAUGGCCGCGUGAUCCGUGUCGGCAGCGAACGCUUCGAAGCGCCCGAGUGUCUCUUCCAGCCGCACCUGGUCGACGUCGAACAACCUGGCAUCGCCGAAUUCUUGUUCAACACCAUCCAGUCUGCCGACGUGGACGUUCGCUCUUCCCUCUACAAAGCGAUCGUCCUCUCCGGUGGCAGUAGCAUGUACCCCGGCCUCCCCUCGCGUCUGGAGAAGGAACUCAAGCAGCUCUGGCUCACCCGCGUGCUGGGUGGAAAUCCGGAACGGCUGAACAAAUUCAAGGUGCGGAUCGAAGAUCCUCCCAGAAGGAGACACAUGGUGUUUUUGGGCGGUGCUGUCUUGGCCAACAUCAUGUCAGACAAAGAGAAUAUGUGGAUUUCCAAGCAGGAGUGGGAGGAGCAAGGGCCUCGGAUACUCGAGAAGUUGGGUCCGAGAUAG